AUGACAGCACUGUUCGCUCCUGCAGAAGCCAGUGUGAGACGGCUAACCGCCAACAAACAAUCCCUCUGACUCGAGAAAUCGUAUGAUCGGCUGUGAUUAGAGAAAAGGCGACCAACCACUACACUUUAAUUACGAUUGACGUUUCCCUCUCUGCCUGUGUGAGCUGGUGAAGAUGGUGAAGCCAGACAUCCACACUCUGGCCCACCACCUGAAGCAGGAGAGGCUGUAUGUGGCAUCGGAGAAGCAACUCAUCCAGAGGCUCAACAGUGAUGUGCUGAAGACAGCAGAGAGGCUGUAUCGAGCCGCAUGGAUCGCCAAGCAGCAGAGGAUCAACCUCGAUCGUCUUAUUCUCACCAGUGCGGAGGCCUCUCCGGCUGAAUGUUGCCAACAUGCCAAAAUGCUGGAAGACACACAGUUUGUUGAUGGCUACAAGACUCUGGGCUUCCAGGAGACCAUCUAUGGCGAGUUCUUGGCCAGGUUAAGGGAGAACCCUAGACUGGUGGCUUCCUGUCUAGUGGCAGGAGAAAGGCUUAACCAGGAGCACAACCAGGGUGUCACCCAUACAGUCUUCACCUCGCUUUAUGGCAACUGUAUUAUGCAGGAGGAUGAGAGCUACCUGCUGCAGGUGUUGCGAUACCUGGUGGAAUUUGAGCUGAAGGAGAGUGACAACCCUCGCCGUCUACUGCGACGGGGAACCUGUGCCUUCAGCAUCCUUUUCAAGCUCUUCUCCGAGGGCCUCUACUCGGCAAAACUCUUCCUCACUGCCACUCUCCAUGAACCCAUUAUGCAGCUGCUGGUGGAGGACGAAGACCACCUGGAGACUGACCCCGCCAAGGUGACAGAGCGCCUCACUCCGGCCCAGCAGGAACGCUUCGGAGAGAAGGGAUCUGAGGGCUACAAACAAAGGGUGCAGGCAGCCGUGGAGGCCAACGAGGCCAAGCUGGUAGCUCUGGUCAACAAGUUCAUCGGUUACCUGAAGCAGAACACCUACUGCUUUCCCCACAGCCUGCGCUGGAUUGUGUCGCAGAUGUAUAAGACUCUGUCAUGUGUGGAGCGUCUCGAGGUGGGCGAGGUGCGCACCAUGUGCACUGACCUGCUGCUGACCUGCUUCAUCUGCCCAGCUAUAGUUAACCCAGAGCAGUAUGGUAUCAUCUCAGACGCCCCCAUCAAUGAAGUAGCCCGUUUCAAUCUAAUGCAGGUGGGGCAGCUUUUGCAGCAGUUGGCCAUGGCUGAUGAUGAUGCAGACCCAAGGCGGAAAAGCAGUUUGUCCAAAUUUGAUAAGAGUUGUGUAGCUGCAUUUCUGGAUGUGGUGAUUGGAGGGAGAGCAGUGGAGACCCCACCCAUGUCCUCAAUGAACCUUCUCGAAGGCCUCAGUCGGACUGCGGUGUAUAUUACGCACAAUCAGCUGCUCGUGCUGGUGGACUUUGUGCGGAAUGUGAUGGCAGGAGACCACCUUCGGGAGGAGGAGCACAUGGCUCUGGAGACACUGGUUGCCAACGUGCCCCAGUCUCGAACUGUGAAGAGCAACAGUCUGGAGCUCACUCCCUCCAACACCCCCCAGCUCUCCCCGGCUACCACUCCUGCCAACAAGAAGAACAGGCUCCCCAUAGGACAACACUUAGCCGCUAUAACAUCCUGGGACCCCACAAGCACCACUCUGUCUGCUCACAUUCCAUUAGUAACCCCUUUUGCUGCUCGCAGCCGUAGCCGUACCAACAUAGCCCAGGAGGGGGAGGCAGAGGCCAGCUCCCAGGAGUCCCUGCAGGAGCUGAUGCCAGAAGAGGUGCUGGUGAUUUCACUAGGAACUGGUCCACAGUCUGUCCCUGGGAUGAUGUCAGAGAAUGAGGUUUUGAACCUGCAGAUGGCUGAUGGGGCCCAGGGGGAUGGCCAUGCAGAUGAUACGAAGCUGCAUGGCAAACCAGACAAAACCCUGCGCUUCUCGCUCUGCAGUGACAACUUGGAAGGCAUCUCAGAGGGUCCAUCCAAUCGUUCUAAUUCUGUGUCAUCUCUGGACCUGGAGGGAGAGUCUGUGUCUGAACUGGGAGCUGGACCAUCAGGGAGCAAUGGAGUGGAGGCGCUACAGCUUUUGGAGCAUGAACAAGCCACUACUCAGGACAACCUUGAUGACAAACUGCGCAAGUUUGAGAUCAGAGACAUGAUGGGUCUGACAGAUGAUCGGGACAUCUCUGAGACGGUCAGCGAAACCUGGAGCACCGAUGUGCUCGGCAGUGACUUUGACCCCAACAUGGAUGAAGAUCGGCUGCAGGAAAUAGCAGGGGCAGCUGCAGAGAACAUGCUCGGCAGCCUGCUGUGUCUUCCUGGCUCGGGUUCAGUACUGCUGGACCCCUACGGCUCCACUAUCUCGGAGACUACAAGCGAGGCCUGGAGCGUUGAGGUCCUUCCCAGUGAUUCAGAAGCGCCAGACCUGAAACAGGAGGAGCGUCUGCAGGAGCUGGAGAGCUGCUCAGGGGUUGGCAGCACCUCCGAUGACACAGAGGUCAGAGAGGUCAGCUCGAGACCCAGCACACCAGGCCUCAGUGUUGUCUCAGGCAUCAGCGCAACCUCAGAAGACAUCCCCAACAAGAUCGAGGACCUGCGGUCAGAGUGCAGCUCAGACUUUGGAGGGAAGGACUCUGUGACCAGUCCAGAUGGGGAGGAGUCAGGCCACGGAGCACACCAUCUGACAUCUCCACCCUCACAGGCCGAUUCCUUACUGGCCAUGUUCGAUCCCCUCUCCUCUGGCGAAGGCUCCUCCACUGGAACAAUAGUGAGGCCCAAAGUGCAUUACGCCAGGCCCCCUCACCCUCCCCCCGAUCCUCCCAUCCCUGAAGCCAGUGCCCUGGGGCAGGAGACGCGCCACUCUCUCUUCAUGCCCCACUGCCUGGCCCAGGCUGAGCUGGAGCACACCAAGCAGCGCCACUCCUUCCCUGACAGGCUGGUCCGUAGCCGCAGCUCUGACAUCGUGUGCCCAGGCCGCCGCCCCACAAGCGACCCCGGCCUUAAUCGGCGGGUCACGGCUGAAGAGCGCGACCCUGCCGGGGCCUACGCCUUAGGGCCGUCCUCGUCCCCUAGCAAGGACUCCCUGAAAGGAGAGGUUGAGGACAGGAAAGACAGUGAUGAUGAGAAGUCUGAUCGCAACCGGCCAUGGUGGAAGAAACGUUUUGUGUCAGCCAUUCCCAAAGCUCCGAUAGCGGCAUUUCGUAAAAGGGACAAGCAGGAGAAAGACGACAUUGUCCCAGAGCGUGUCCCGCAAGAUGACCCGUUGCCCAGACAUAGCUCUCAUGCGCAGGCAGCUGAAGACAUCCUGGACAAGUACAGGAACAUCAAGAGGACCAGUCCAAGUGAUGGAGCCACAGGUGGAGCUUCUUACGAUGGUACAGGAGAUCUUUGUGUUGAGGACAGCGUGCACGACUCUCCUAGAGAAGACACUUUGCAGAACAUUUCCACAGAUGACCUCCCAGACUCAGCCAGCCAGACAGCACAGCAACAUGACUCCAAGUUCUCUUUCAGUGAUGCAAAGAAGAAGUUGCGGUUGGCGUUGUGUUCUGCAGACUCAGUGGCUCUGCCCAUCAUGGCUCCAGCAACAACACGAAAUGGGCUGCCUGACCACAUGGACUCUGAAGACAAUGAGAUCGUCUGCUUCCUGAAGGUCCAGCUCGCCGAGGCCAUCAACCUUCAGGAUAAGAACCAGAUGGCCCAGAUCCAGGAGACCACGCGCUGUGUCAGCCGCUUCGACGCACGCACCUGCAGGAAGCUGCUGGCUGCCAUUGCGGAGGAUUACAGAAAGCGGGCACCAUACAUAGCUUAUCUAACCAGGUGUCGUCAGGGCCUGCAGACCUCUCAGGCUCACCUGGAGAGGCUCCUUCAGAGGGUGCUGAGAGACAAGGAGGUGGCUAACCGCUACUUCACCACCGUCUGUGUCCGGCUCCUCCUGGAACACAUGGAGUCCAGGAUGCUUGACUUCAUAAAAGCGUUCCAGGGUUGCACGGCAGCGGAUGACAAGACAGCCGCAGUGGAGGAUUUUCUGCGCUACUUGUAUGGCGCCAUGGCCCGUGAUGCCAUUUGGCAGUACGCGAGCGAGGACCAGCUGCAGGACGCCCAGAUGGCUAUCGAGCGCAGUGUUAUGAACCGCAUCUUCAAACUGGCCUUUUACCCUAACCAGGAUGGAGAUAUUCUCAGAGACCAGCUUUUCCAUGAACACAUCCAGCGGCUCACAAAAGUUGUGACGGCCAAUCACAAAGCACUUCAAAUCCCAGAGGUUUACCUGAAGGAGGCUCCUUGGCCCUCUGCACAGUCUGAGAUCAGGACCAUCAAUGCGUACAAGACGCCACGAGACAAAGUCCAAUGCAUACUGCGCAUGUGUUCCACCAUCAUGAACCUCCUCAGCCUGGCCAACGAAGACUCCGUCCCUGGAGCGGAUGACUUUGUCCCUGUGCUUGUCUUUGUCCUCAUAAGGGCAAACCCGCCCUGCCUGCUGUCCACCGUUCAGUACAUCAAUAAUUUCUAUGCCAGCCGGCUGAGUGGGGAGGAGUGCUAUUGGUGGAUGCAGUUCACCGCGGCGGUGGAAUUCAUUAAGACCAUCGACGAUCGCAAGUGAAGCAGAACAGCCACCUGUAUGGGCAGACUGCGGGGGAAGGAGCCGGGAGACUGGGAGACUUCCCAACCAACUGCUCCCUCUGCAGAGCUUAUAAAACCUGGCCCUCAGCCUGCUCUUUAUUUGUAUAGCUUGUACAUAGCCAGAGACGUUGAAAGAGUACAAAAUAUAUAUUACUGUAUGUAUGUGGACAAAUCCGGGUUUAAGCCGUGCUGAAAAAAAAAACGGCCUUGGGGAAAUAAUUGGCAAGAUGUUAACUCUGAACCUGAUUUUUUUUUUUUUGUCCUUUUUGUCUCUUCAAUCAUGUUUGGGGUCUGUAUUAGAAAUUUUAUAUAUAUAUAUAUAUAUAUAUAUAUAUAUAUAUAUAUAUAUAUAUACACACAAUUACCAAUAUGACAUUAAAUCAAACCUAAAAGAUAAUCCUAUAUAAAGGGACCAGACUUCCUUGAUGUGAUCACUGAUCUUUUUAUUCCCCCCCUGAGUGAGAGGGAAGGGCUUCCAAUUAAAUUACGGUAUAAUGUUCAUUAAACGCAUUGUGUCGUCGGGGAUUUACAGUGCGUGGUGGUUACGGACGGGAUUUAGAGACUCAUAAACAUUUGAGAUCAGUUCUCAAUAACCAUACCACUCAUAAGUGUAUCAAACAAGUAGGGCAGCUUAUUUCAUGAAUUGUUUACUUCGUCUUAUUCCCAAAAAAACACGUGUCAGUGACAAUUUGGACGUAAGGGCCCACAUAUUUAUAUGAAAUAAAAAUGUAUUUAUUUCUGUAAUUCUAUUUGAUGCUUUUGUUUAUCUAAUUUUAAAGAAAAAUGCAUAUCAUGCCCAUUCAAGAUGUCUGAGGCAAGUGGUGUAACUAUAAAUAAAAUUUUCUAGAAAAGCUUGAGUUAGGAAGGCACCUUAGCAGAGUCGGUGGGGAUGCUGGGGCAUUACGAUACAGGGUCAACUCAUGCACAGUAGCGGUGGCAUUUGUGGAAAUAUUGAAAAUUGUGCCUUUGAUGCAGGGCGCUCUGUACAGGUAAUUAUUUUUGACUAUUAUUUUUUAACCCAGCAUAGAUAUUAUCCCCAACCCUACACCCUCUCCACACACACACACACAAGCACGCACACUCCAAUGAGCCAACCACGUCUUUGUCCGGCCCUCGCUGCAGGAGGGCAUCUCCACAUCACUGAUUGUCAUGGCUCAGUCCCUUUAAUGCACUUGAGUUUGAACAAACAUCCCCUUUGGAGAUCCUACCUCAAAGUUGAAACCAAUGACCCUGAUUAUGACUGUCCUGAAUUGGUUGACAACGGAGUACUGGAUCAUAUUUUUGCACUGCUAGGAAAUCGUAAAACAGCGCGGGGAAGGGAGGAAAAAGUUUGGCCUGCUGUGAUGCUUGUUCACAUCACCCUUAAUUAACACAAGCCUUUGUUAGCGAACAAUUUUAGCUUCUAAUCUUAUACCUGAGAUGCCACAUGUGUCCACAUGGGCAGAUGAGUGAACUAUUGGAUAUUAGCUCUCUACCUCCUCAUAAGUUCAAGAAAGGGACUCGUGUUUAUGUGCACUUUUUUUUUGUUUGUUUUUUGUUCUCUCUCCCCAAUUUGACGUGCUGUGAUAUCCCAGUGUCAUUGUAACUUUCCAAAUCUAGUACAAGCAUGUCUUUAAUUACCCAAAAGUGACUACAAACCCCUCUCUCUCUCUUGCUUCAUUUUUGUGCACAGACGUGCCACGUGUAUUAUAGUUUUCGAUAAUCCAUUCACGGCGACUGACCCGACAGCACAAUACACAGUAGGAUAGAAGAGCAAAUAAUCAACUCUAUUGACUUGUUACUGACUUGCAGUUUAUGCUAAAAAGUGGUUGGUGUAGUACGUGAGUGUGUUUUUUUAUCUAGUGAGUGCGCGUGAGACGAUGGUGUGAUUGGUUGACCCUCUGCCUCCUCUUGCAUUAAGUCACUGAACGGUCUGUACAUUCUCAAUCAUGAUAAACCAGUAGAAUAGGAUUAGCAUCUGCCCUACAGGCCAGUAAUUGAACCUGCAAGAGGAUGCAAAGCUUCUCUUUGUGUCCGUGAUACUUGCAUAUCAGAACUCGAUGAUUUAUUUUGCACAAAACAGAUGUGUUUUCCUGAGAAAAUUGACAGGGAGCAGUGCAUUUAAAAAAAAAAGAAAAACGUCAUUACGUCUGGCCUUUGCAGUCAUUUAACAUAUUGUAAUUAGAAUAAAGCCGGAGUGGCUGGAGUUAAGCACCCGGCUGUUGCUUUUUCAAGCUUAUGUGCAACAUCACAAAUGCAUUUUUUUAUAUCCUCCUACAGAAGCACCAGAUUCGUACGUGCAGUAGACUUCCUUCGCAGAGUCUGUGUAAUCAAUUUGAUGAGAAAACCAUGCACUGGAAAAUCAAGUUGCAGGUUGCAUCUAUACUAAUUAGGUUUAUGUGAUGUCACUUUAAUUGGAAAUACAUACUGCACAAAUCUGAUGAAAUUAUUUGGACCUGGCUUAUGUUUCAGCGUCGCAGCAGCUACAGAUGACCCCCGUGAAGUACUGAUCAAAACACCAGAUUAUUUACACAAAUAUAUUUAUGACUGUGAUCGCAACUGUAAUUUUAGCUCUGAUUGUAUGCAAACCACUGGGCAGUGGUGUCAAGUGAGCAGGCUAAAGAGUCGGCCUGUUCUUCAAAGCUUUACUGCUCUGCUCCCUGUGCAAUUGAGUUGAAAAGCUGAGCAGAGAAAAAAAGAAAAGAGUUUUACAUCUUACAUCUAAUUUUACAUUUAAUUGUAAGCUUGCACAAUUAUGACAUGCGGGGAAAGCCGGUUUGUCUUUACUGUGAUUAAUGCAUUAUGUAAUUCUUUAAAAACAAUAAAAGAAGCAGAAGUUUU